CAUUGCAAAGCGUAAUGGCUGUUUCCUCGCUGUUUAGAUCAACAACCCUGACAUGAGAGUUCAGAUCCUGAAGGACUUUGUGAAGCAGAACUUCCCUGCCACCCAGCUGCUGGACUACGCUUUGGAUGUGGAGAAGAUCACAACCUCCAAGAAACCAAACCUCAUCCUCAACGUGGACGGCUUCAUUGGGGUGGCCUUCGUGGACCUGCUGAGGACAUGUGGUGUAUUCACACGGGACGAGGCUGACGAGUUUGUGGAGAUCGGGGCUCUGAACGGGAUCUUCGUGCUGGGCAGAAGCAUGGGUUUUAUCGGGCACUACCUAGACCAGAAGCGGCUGAAGCAGGGCCUGUACAGGCACCCAUGGGACGACAUCUCCUACGUGCUUCCUGAACACAUGUCCAUGUAACCACGGCGACUCCAGAGCCAGCCCCUUGAGGCCUAGUACCACAACUGUCUUACUUCUGUUGCCAUUAAAAUGACCUGGGGGGGGAUUCAUCAGUCACAGCAGAAGGGGAGCCAUGACCAUUACAAGUGAUUUAGCCUCAGAAGUCAAUGUAAUCAAUGUGAACACAUUCAUUGCCAUUUAAAACAGAGGUCCUGCCAGGAGCAUUCCAAUAGUAUCGGUGUUAAAUUGUAGUUGUCUUAAUUUCCCAUGUAAUUUUUGUGGACCUCAAUUAUAUCCUUUCUACCACAACUUUCCAUUGCAAAGGAAGUCCUUCCAUCCAAACAUAGUAUUAUAGUUCCUAAUAAUUCUGCUACUAUUUGCUGUACGUAUCUGACUACAUGUUUAAAGGUCCAUGCUGUGCCAUGGCAAAUGUUGCGUUGCCUUGUGUUGUCUUAGAAUUGGCUUUUAUAUUUGUUGCCAUGAUACAAAAAAAAAUCUAAUUAAAAAAGAAAUCUACUGUUUGCAAACGUCACAAUAUCUUAUAUAUAGGAACAAAUGAAGAUACAUAUGUAGAAAGCUGUAUGCAUAUAUAUAGAAACAAAUGAAGAUACAUGUGUAGAGUAUGCAUGUAUGUGAUUAGAAAGGAUGCAGUGAUUAACGGGCCUACACUUUAAAUGGAGAAUUUACCUGCUCUUAGUAUUGCUUCAGCUACUGUACAUCAUGUGACUCCCUGUUUAUGCCACAAAGGUGUAGAUUUAAAGCAGAUCCUGGUUUCCUUCUAAAAAGCAGGAUCUAUGGUCAUGUGAGAAGCCAUGAAUAUCAUGAGCUCACAGGCAUGUGCACCUACAGCCCACUGCAACCAAGCCAAAUGAAGAUUACUCAUCAGUACUGUGCAAGGGCCUGUGGUAGCAGAGAGGUUUCCUGUGUAUCUCCACUGUGCUCGCUGUAGGCCCGCUGGACCCCUUUGUGCAGCUGAGUUUAUGACACAUCCUCUGUGGAAGCUAAUUGAACAGCACCCUGUGUGUGUGUGUGUUUGUGUGUGUGUGUGUGUGUGUGUUCCAUUGACUGUAUAUGUUGAAAGAUGUCUUUGACAAGGUCUUACUUUUGUGUUCGUGUUAUUGUUGCUAUUAAUAUGAAGUCAGAAUUGUAGUAUAAUAAAGAAAACUACUCCGCUAUA